AUGCAGAGCCUCUUCUUGUCUCGUACAUCACACUGCUUACGGCGAACUGCUUUAUAUAAUGCUCGAUAUUUAGCAACAAAACCACUCACGUCCCCUGGAGCUUCGCAAAGCAGCAACUCGGCGGAUGCAACGAAACCCCCAGAUUCACCAGCGCCGACGCCAGAAUCAGCUGAGAGUACUCCACCUUCUACGACGUCUUUGAGCUUGGACUUUUCUCCGAAGGCUGAGUCUGAGGGUGAACCAAUGCAACGGACAGGCGCCCGCUCCUCGAAAGACUCACUUUCAAGUAUUGAGCGACGAAGACGAUUUCUCGGUCGGGCAACGCUAGCAGCGUUUGGUGUUGGUGUCAUUGCUGGUACAUUCUACUUAGGACGCGAGUGGGAAGCAGAUGAAUUAAAGGCGAAGAAACUUAGAGUGGAAGAUGCUCCUUCUACGCGAUUCGGUCGGACGAAGGAACGGAUAACAAGCAUGUUUGACUUCUUUAGCAAGCCGACUUGGGACGAGUUGCUUCCACCAGCUGUGCCACCUCUCCAAAAACCAUAUACUCUACUACUAUCUAUUGAUGAUCUAUUAGUAACAUCUACGUGGGACCGGAAAAAUGGCUGGCGCACAGCAAAACGACCCGGCGUUGAUUAUUUCUUAGCAUACCUGUCGCAAUUCUACGAAGUCGUCAUAUUCACGACUCAAAAUCACUAUACUGCAAUUCCUAUAAUCGAGAAACUCGACCCAUACAGCUUCUUCAUCACAUAUAAAUUAUUCCGAGAAUCCACUCGUUCUGUCAAUGGUUCCGUCGUCAAAGACCUAAGCUAUCUUAACCGUGAUCUCUCCAAAGUCAUUAUAAUGGAUACCGAUCCCGAACACGUAGCUCUACAACCCGAGAACGCCAUCGUUCUCCCCAAAUGGAAAGGUGACCCGUCGGACAAGGACCUAGUCGCUAUGAUCCCGUUCCUUGAAUCGAUUGCGAUUUACAAACCUCAGGACAUACGGCCUAUUUUGAAAGCGUAUCAGGGGAAGAACAUCCCCAUCGAGUACGCCAAGAAAGAGGCCGAGGCAAAACGCCAAUUCCUAGAGGACUGGAAGAAGAGUGGAAAGGGGAAAGUCGCCAGCGGAGGAGGUUUCACUCUUAGUCACCUCUUCGGUGGUUCUUCCGUAAGUCCUGAUUCCCACUCCCCGGAACCACUCACCUACCUAGAACAAAAACGCAAGGAGGCACAGGCGCAUUACCGCGAGGAGCAAGCUUACAUCGCUGCUAACAAGGCGCAAUUCGACAAGCUCAUCGAAGAUGACCGUCAAGCUGCAGCAGCAGCCAUGUCCGGCAACCUCUGGACUGUUCUAUCAGGUGUUGGCAGUCCAUCACCGUCACCCCAGGAUCAGCAACAGCAGGGCAAUGCGAAAGAUGCUGGGACUCCACCUGCAAAAUCAUCUUAA